AUGGCCUCUUCCCUUCCCCCGAGUGAGCCUCUGACUCACAUUCGAAUUCUGACUCUCAAUUGCUGGGGUCUGAAGUACAUCGCCAAGUAUCGUCAUGAACGUCUGUCUGAGAUUGGGCGGCAGCUGGCUCUAGCCAACCCACCGCCAGAAAUAGUGGGCCUGCAGGAGUGCUGGACGCAGCAGGACUAUGAGAGCAUUCGCGACCAAACUCGACACAUACUGCCAUACGGCAAGUUUUAUUUCGGAGGAAUCUUUGGUGCGGGACUGGCCAUUCUGUCGAAAUGGCCCAUCGAAGAGAGCAGCAUGUUUCCGUAUCCGCUGAAUGGACGACCAACGGCUUUCUUCCGCGGCGACUGGUUCGUGGGAAAAGGAGUCGCCUGUGCCAGAGUUCGAUUCGGGCCUGGAGUGGCUGACGUCGCCGAGGUCUUCUGUACACACUUGCAUGCACCAUAUGAGCGCGAGCCGAACGACUCCUAUUUAUGCCACCGUACUGCUCAAGCUUGGGAGAUCUCCAAGCUCAUGCGCGGCGCUGCCGAGCGUGGACAUCUAGUCAUUGGUCUUGGAGACUUCAACAUGCUACCAUCUUCCUUUGCCCACAAGUUGAUCUCCGCGCAAAGUCCUGUUCGUGAUGUCUGGCGCGAGCUACACCCCGACUCGUCCGUUGGCGCAGCCAUUGAUGCCGUUGAGAAGGCACGGAACCGACCAAUUCCGUCGGCUGAAUUUAAUUUGAUCGAGAAUGGUGCUACUUGCGAUGGCGCUUUCAAUACCUGGCGCUGGUCAAAAGCUCUGCAGAAACAGCUGGACAAGGGGGAUGAUAUACCUGUCGACAAGGACGCCCCAGACGCCCGCGCCAAACGUCUCGACUAUAUCUUUGUCGGUGAUGGUGGCUAUGCCCCGGAUUUCCCUCCGCCACGCUGGUCCGUGGAGUCUGCACAGGUCGGCAUGACCCAGCGUCAUCCUACUCUCCGUUGCUCAUUGAGCGACCACUUCGCUGUCGAGGCCGUCAUUACUCGAUUGCCAGUAGGAGCGGCUCCUCUGUCCUCAACUCAGAUUGAAUCAGCCCCGUCACCUACCUCGCCCACUCUUGAAAAGACAACAUCAACCUCGCUGGCACCCAACGCCGCUUUGUCUCCGCAGACAUACGACCUCAUCAUCGACAUGAUACACACCUACGUUCGCCGCGAGCGAUCACAGCGCCGCUGGCGACUUAUCCAUUUCAUCGUAUCUGUAUUCGUCUCUAUCGGGUGCAUGGUUGGCGUGUGGUGGGUCGGCAGCCGCACGUAUAUCGGCUUCAUCUUGAUCCUGGUCAGUACUCUGAACUUCGGGGCUGGUAUUCUGGAUGGAUUGAUCGGUGGGCUCUUUGUCUCGAGUGAGCUUCGUGCUUUGAAAGAGUUUGAAUGGGAGGUGCAAAAUGCGAGAAGCCUCGUUCUUGCUGCAGAGAAGGGCCGUCCUGGAAGCUCCUAG